AUGUCCAGCCUAACGUUCCAGCACGAGGCCCAAUUGCCCCAGCUUCCGGUCCCUGCUCUGCUGGAUACCGUGGACCAGGCGCUCAAGGCGCUGAAACCGCUCGUUUCGGCAGACGAGUACCGCCAUCUUGAGGAAAAGUCGUUCGAGCUGCUCAACUCAGACAUCGUUCAGCUCCUCCAGCAGCACUUGCUCGAAAGCUCCAAGCUCAACCACAAUUAUUUGGAAUCUGAGGGAAUUUCUCCCACCACGGCAAACGUGUACGGCGACCUCAGAGGCCACACGCUGCCAAGGAACCCCUUCUUCAUUUUUGAGGACGAUCCCCUCAAAUCAAUGCCCCCCACACAAGCUUUUCGGGCUUCGAUCUUGGUCACCUCCGCGUUGCGCUUCAUUGUGGCCCUGCGCCAGGACCUGCUCGCGCCAGACACAGCCCCAAAAAGCAAACAGCCGCUUUCCAUGAGCUCCUACCAUAAUUUGUUCGGAACCACCAUCGUGCCCUUCAACAACGGUGUCACUAUAAAAAGAUGUACCGACUACCAGAAAAGCAGGCACAUCGUUGUGAUGGCCAGAUCGCAGUUCUACGUGCUUGAGGUGCUUUCCGAAGACCACCAAAUCUGGUUCUCCAAGCACGAGCUCAAAGAAAUCCUGCUUGAGAUCAUGGAGGACUCGAAAAAGGAAGACCAAGCAGACGUCUCGCGGCGCGCAAUUGGCUCGUUCACUACCGAGCUCAAAUCCACCUGGAAGCAUGCCCGCUCCUGUCUGGAACGCUCGAACCAGGACGUUUUGGAUGUGCUCGAUAACGCGCUCUUUGUGGUGUCUCUGGACCACGAGGCCCCAACCAACGACCUGCAGAAAGUGCAGUACGUUUCGCAUGGAACAUCAAGAAUCGACUCCAACGGGAUCCAGGUUGGCACCUGUACUAAUCGCUAUUACGACAAGCUGAAUUUGGUCAUCACAGAAAACUCUGUCGCGGCCUGUGUGUAUCCUGCUGCUUGCAUGGAUGGAACCACCGUGCUGCGGUUUGUGAGCGAUAUUUACACAGACUCGGUUUUGCGGCUAGCCAGGAAGAUCAACGGUACAAACUACACGCUUUGGAAGAACGUCAACACCGUUCCGAUUAACAGCCAGCUGGAUAAGCCAACUUUCCAGAAGCUCGAGUUUGAGCUCACUCCUGAGCUUCGGUCAGGUCUCCACCUUGCAGAAACCCGUUUGGCAGACAUCAUCCACCAGCACGAGUACGUCUCCAGAACAGUGACAACUCUUGGAAACAGUGUCUUUGCCAACAAACUUAACCUCCCUGGAGACUCGAUCGUUCAGCUGGCUAUUCAGAUUACGUACUAUGCCCUUUACGGAAAAUCUGCGCCAACACUCGAGCCCGUCAGCACUCGCAAAUUCAGAGACGCUCGAACAGAGCCAAUAUGCAUACAAAGCGAGGCUGUGCUUGCUCUUUGCCAGGCGUUCAUCUCGCAGACAUCAGGCUCCCAAAAAUGGAACUUGCUUCUCGAUGCCGUUCACGAGCACUCGCAGAAAAUUCGCAACGCCUCUAGGGGUCAGGGAUUCGAGCGGCAUCUCAGCGCCCUGAGAUCGGCGUUCAUUCAGCUUGAUCUUCUUCAGAAGCUGCAUCCAAACGUUCCUAAAUGCCAGACGCGUCAGGUGCCGCCGUUCUUGUUUGAGCCUGCUCUGGACAAUUUGUACAAGCCAGAGCUGCUUGUCGCUAAUUGCGGAAACCCUGCGCUGCACCUGUUUGGAGUCACCCCUGCCAUCCCCACCGGUUUUGGAAUUGGCUACAUCAUCAAGGAUGACAUGAUCUCGAUUGUGGCUUCGUCGCAAUGGAGACAGACCGACAGGUUUUUGGAAACGUUGGAAAGUGUCUUUGACGAAAUCAAGUCUCUAUGGAAAGAGGAGGGAAGCGUUUCUGACAAAUCCACGGAGCGCAGCAGGGCCAGAGAGUUGGAGUCGUACGCCGGUGCGAUACCUAAAUCGAUGCUUACCAGUAACUACACGUUGAAAAGCUCCAACAUUUUGGGUGGUUACGAUUAUUUUGACGUGAACGAGCUGGCAGCAAGGUCUGGGAACAGCACGGCCAUGCACAGCAGCAUGAGCACACGGUCCAACAGCGCGAUGAACAUCGAUACAACGCGCGAUCAGGGCGUGGGAAAGCGCAUUCGCGUGAACGAGGACUAG